UUGGUCAGAUCCGGCCUCACCACGUGCGUGCGCACGUGCGUUCAGGCCAGUCGAGCAGCCACUGAAGUGGGGCCACCGUGCGCGCGGCUAUCGAGCGCGUGGUUAUCGCGCGCUUGGUUGUCGCGCGCGCGCGCGGUUAUCGCGUGCGCCAGUCUGUUAUUUAGUCGGUUCGCCAGCCUCGUUGCACUGAAUGCGGACUUGACCUGGAGGCACUGCUACCGCCGGAAGCUGCGUCUCUUGCCACCAUCUCCAUCGCUAUCGCCGGCCUGUCGCCGAGGUGUGGGAUUUGGUAGCACCGCCGUGCAAACGCUAUUCACUUGCCCCUCCUCCGUCUACGGCCGCCUCGUCUCACUACUGACAGCAUGCUACUUACAGCAAACAACUGGUCCUGUUGCUUCUGCACCGGAUAGAUUGGCACCCACACACAUACACACACGUGCAGAAGGGACCAGCCUGCACGGGGCAGCCCAGCUCAGCCCCUUCCGACGGCCACCAGUCGAAUCGUCUAGCAUGCCCGAAGUCGGCAUGACAACGCAAUCAGGCGCCUCCUGCCCAACUUUGUGUGCCCCUCUGCCAGCCCCCUCCAGUCCGGACUCAACCAGUCUACCCACCCCUCCUUCCUCCCCCCUGCCCUGCCCCCCAUCUCGCCCCUCCCCGUCCCGGUUUCUCCGCUCCUACGUCUGUUCCUACGCGUGUUUUGUGCUCUCCUCCUAUUCUGCGCUCCUCCUUCGCUCCUCUUCUGCCGUCGUGCAACGGACAACUCAGGCGCCGCGCCGGCCGACACGGCCUAGGCGACCGCCUGCGGUGUUCGUGUACCUGUUGCUCUUUCAACUGUUGCUCUUCCUCCCGCCGGUGGACCACGCCUCGCUUCUGUGCAUCGUCUGCCCCAUCGUCGGUUGGUGCAUUUUGACUGGGAAUUUUAAAUCGGUCCGGAUCUCGUUGCUGGCCGGCUCGGAGGAGGGCGCGGGUGAGGCGAGGGCGAAGACGACGCCCGGUCUCUUCUUCCUUUUCUGGCUGGUCGUCUGCUCGUCCAGCCUCUGUCUGCUGCCGCCCUCGUCGGGCGGCUGCAGUCGCGCCGGCCUGCUCGCCUGCACGGCCGGCGCCAAUCCCAUCCUGCCCCUCCUCCACCCGCCACCGGGGCCGGAUAUCACGGACGUCCUGUUGCCUGGCGACUCGGCCGAGGUGACCAACAGGUGCGUGGAUGCUAACGGCACGCUGCACGGCCUCUUCUCGACGUGGUACGGGGCGCCCAACUGCAGCUGCAACUGCCAGCCGGCCGGGAUGAUGGCGGUGAGCGUGUGCGAGCCGGGCUGCGUCGACGUGGCGGCCGGGGCGGACGCAGGGCCGGGAGGCCGGUCCAAGUCGGACGAGCGUCGCGGAUUGGUCGGUUCCGAGAGCCCCAGUGCGCCUGAGAAGGAGAUAAAAGUGCCCGGGCCGGGCUUUCAAAACGAGCAGGCCGACGUGAAAAGCCACGAGAAGCCGAGUCGGCCGCUGCUGAACGACAUUGCCGAGAAGGACUGGCCGCGUGGCUGGAAGAAGACGGAUCCGCACUCGGACCUGGUCGAGCGGCCGGAGGUGGUGGAUAAUGAGGCGGAGAGGCGGGCGAACAGGGAGAUGAAUGACGCAAACGUGUUGCCCGAGCGGAGCGGUGAAAAGCCGUUUGUGUCUGAAGGCCCGUACCAACGGGAGCCGGCGGAAAAAAGUGAGUGA